AUGAGCACUGCAAACGGUACGAUGCCCAUGACCGAUGAGACAGACGACAGCGGAGGGGUCAUCCUCGAUGGCCCCUUCGACCCAGACGCUCAAGCUACAGUCACAGACUUCAUUGACUACACCGAAUACCUCCCCGCCGACAUUAUGCGCUCCCUGACCCUGAUCCGUAACCUCGAUGAGCGAUACGAAGACUCGGCGCAAGCUGUUCACCAGCUCACCCAGGUUUACGGUCAACUCCCAAAUCUUCCUGCAGACGAGCGACAAGACCCAAUCGAUCUGCGCAGGGAUAUCUCGUUUCAGUUGGAUCGCGCCAUCAAUGCGCGUGAAUCCUCGUACGCGGAAGCUUGCCGCCUCUCCGAUGUGGUGGACCGCCAUUACGAACGGUUGGGCUGUAUUCGCCAGAAGCUCGAUGACCUACCCAAGCCUGCCUCGGAAGAGCCAACUCCACCCCCAGAACCCGCUCCGAAACGCUCGCGUGGAAACAAGAAGAACAAUCGCGAACCCACGACGCGUAUCACCCUUCGUUUGGAUAAUCGCAACCGCCGAGAUGGCAAGAGGCGACGCAAUUCAAUCGUUGAGGGGGUAUUCGAUCCGGAUUCUCCUCUUGCCAGUACUGAGCAGUCGGAUGCUGACGGUGAAAUUGCCAGAGCGGCUCCCAAACCUAGACCCCCCAAGAAGGAGAAGGCGCGGCGCCCAAGUUCGGGUGCUGCACAGUCGACGGCUCAGGCCCUUGCACAAUUGAAACCGCCGCCGACUGAUGCCAAAUUGGGCAGUGAAGAUUUACCUUGGCUUCGAUUAACUGAAUGGGAAAUGACUAGGCUACGAAAGAAGAUGAAGAAGAACGCAGUGUGGCAACCUAGCGAGGUUAUGAUACACCGCGAGCUAGCUCUGGCUAAUCGUGGAUGGGAAGCGUAUCGUGCCGCUAAGAUUGUGGCCGAAGAGACCGGAACAGAAUUCAUUGAUUGCGACAACAUUGAACAGACGAGACCUAGCCAGACUGCCAAGGAUCUGGAAGAAACGAAAUUGAGCAAUCGCGGGAUGAAAUUGAACGAAGCGAAGAAAUUGAAACGCGAACAGCUCGCCCGUGAACAAGCAUUGAUGGAUGGUGACGGAGUCAUUUUGCCUGGAUCCUUACCAAGUCCGGUGCAAGCCACCCCGGUCACCAAUCGAUCAUCGCGAAAGAGAAAACUGGAUGAGGUGGCCAUCGAUGAAUUGGACGCCAUUUCUGCAGAACCGCCAACACCUGUUCCCGCCCCUAUCCCCAUUCCCGCUCCUGUCGCUGCCCCUCCUGUACCCCCUGCCCCCGCACCCCCUGCCCCUCCCACAGCACUCCCUUCUCGGUCUGGCCCGUCUAGGCGCAAAUCCAGCCGAGGAGCUGCCACAGCCCCAGAACCCACCGAUGAACCUGCCCCUCAGAUCAAGAUUCAAGCUUCCCCUCCGACAGAAACAAAAACAUCCCCACCUCCCCCCAGCCCCACAGGAUCCCGACGCUCCAACCGAUCCUUUGUCCUACCCAUCACUACCCCUACACCACCUGUUACACGGCCUUCGUCGCGAAGAUCCGUCGCUGCCACCUCGAUUGAGGGUGGAGCUCUUGGAACUCUCGGCAGCAUACCUACAGCCGUGGCAGCAAGUGGACGAGACCGCCGCAUUAAGAGCGCUACACCUGCCCAAAAGACUCCUGUUCGCGAAUCAUCUCAUGGACCCACCGGUGCCGGUCCCACUCGCCGACGCAAACGCCCUGCCCCAGGACCUAUUUCGACUGGUCAAGAUGGUGGUGCGGCAGUUAGUAUUGGACGACGCAAGGCCAAGCCUGGCAAGAAACGUAUCAACAUUCGUGAUUCCCAAGACGUUCGUGUGGAUGAAGAUGGCGUCCUCGAGCAAAUCGACGCUAAUGAGCCCCGCUAUUGCCUAUGCGGGGAUGUCAGUUUCGGAACAAUGAUAUGCUGUGAAAACCAAGAUUGUGAUCGUGAAUGGUUCCACCUCGAUUGCGUGGGUUUGACUGAGCCUCCUUCUCGGACUGCCAAGUGGUAUUGUCCCCAGUGCCGAGUUAAGCUACACAAAGGGGAGGAUGGAAUUAUCAAGGGAGGAUCGCGGCGUUAG